AGAGAGGAAAAAGUUGAGUCUGAUUUGCUGGAAUCGCGCCUGGAAGGUGCAGCUCGGUUUGAUCAGGAGUUUGUGUGAAGCUGAAGGGGUGAAGAUCCAUCCCUGCGCAUCAUCAUCUUCCUCAUCAUCGCCAUCAUCAUCAUCAUGAUUACCGGCUUCCUAAGAAGAAGCUUCGCGUGAGGCGGCGCAGAGGAGAGACGUGCGCAGCUCCGAGACUCAUCCGCAACUUUUCCUUCUUUUGCAUAAAAACACAACCUCUCCGCGCUGAGGACAACCUUUGGAUCAUAAAAAAAAUUCAUGGAUAUUCUUGGAUAAUUUUUCCUUUCCUUUUUUUUCCACUGCGGAUUGCUGCUCCACGCUCUCGCGCGGCACUCCAGGACGAUGAAGUGAUCCGAGGGGGAUUCGUCCAAAAAGUCCAAAAAUCACUUCCGUCCGCUGUCUCGCCAUGUACUCCCCGAUCUGUCUCACUCAGGAUGAAUUUCAUCCCUUCAUCGAGGCGCUUCUCCCUCACGUCCGAGCCAUCGCCUACACGUGGUUCAACCUCCAGGCCAGGAAGCGCAAGUACUUCAAGAAGCACGAGAAGCGAAUGUCCAAGGACGAGGAGCGCGCCGUGAAGGACGAGCUUUUGGGCGAGAAGGCCGAGAUCAAGCAGAAAUGGGCGUCUAGGCUGUUGGCCAAGCUGCGUAAGGACAUCCGGCAGGAGUACCGUGAGGACUUUGUCCUCAGCGUGACGGGGAAGAAGCCCCCGUGCUGCGUGCUGUCCAACCCGGACCAGAAGGGCAAGAUCCGUCGGAUCGACUGCUUGCGGCAGGCCGACAAAGUCUGGCGCCUGGACCUGGUGAUGGUCAUCCUCUUCAAAGGCAUCCCUCUGGAAAGUACGGACGGCGAGCGCCUGGUCAAGUCCCCACACUGCACCAACCCAGCACUUUGUGUCCAGCCUCACCACAUCACAGUAUCCGUCAAGGAGCUGGACUUGUUCCUAGCGUACUAUGUCCAGGACCAAGACUCGCAGCAGUCAGGAAGUCCAAGCCACAAUGAGCCCGGCAAAACUCCCCUUCCAGUCUAUUUGGAAGACAGUUUCAUCAAAUCAGGAGUCUUCAGUGUUGCAGAGCUGGUGCGGGUGUCCAGAAUGCCCAUCACCCAUGGCGCAGCGGUACCCUUCUCCAUGGCGGACAUGCCCGGCCAGCCCUACUAUCAUGACAUGAACUCCAGCCUGGGGGUGCACCGCUCCCUUUCCUCUCCUCCUGGCAGCAAAAGGCCCAAAACGGUCAACCUGGAGGAGAACAUGGACACCAGCCCAACAGGACCGGACUUCUACUCGUCACCCAGCUCGCCUGCCAGCAGUCGGGCAAACUGGCACGACCGAGAUGGAGCAGACAUGUCCUCUCCCACCAUGAAGAAGCCAGAGAAGCCACUGUUCAGCCCCACCUCUCCACCGGACUCGUCAUCACGACUCAGCACUUUCUCUCAGCCUCACCACCCGGGCCUAACAGGUGUGGGACACAGUGUUAUAUCAUCCAGGAGCCCCCCUCCACACUCGCCCCUGCAGUUCCCGACCUCCACAAUCUUGCCUCCGGCGCCAACGCACUACUUCUCACACCCCACCAUCCGCUACCCACCUCACCUCAACCCCGCUGAUCCCCUCAAGAGCUACGUGCCAUCAUACGACCCGUCCAGCCCACAGAGCAGCCAGGCUAACAGCAGUAGUCAGGGGGUUGGAAAAGUCCCAGGCCACUUCACCCCAGUGUUGGCUCCAUCCCCACACCACGGCGCUGUGCGACCCGUCACGCUCUCCAUGGCCGACACCAAACCCAUCACCACAUCGACAGAAGUCUACUCAUCUCCCGGCACCCCGACAGCUAAUCGUUUUGUAAGCCUGAGCCCAAGAGAUCCUGCUUUUCUCCACCAGCAACAGCUGAGGAAGUGUGACUGGAGCGUGACUCAAAACGGCAGGCAUUAUGGCCCCAGUGCCACUGACGACACUUUGGGGAUUACUUGGCAAAGUCCUGGUACCUGGGCGAGCUUAGUUCCAUUCCAAGUGUCGAACGGGACUCCGAUUCUGCCAACAAAUGUCCACCAGAACUACAGCAUAAACAUCAUUGGUGAGCCGCUGGUCCCCGCCGAGACCGGGAACUGAGCCCACGGAGGCCGGAUGACCUCCUCCUCCCCCAGCAACCCCCCUUUCCCGUCAGGGCGGAAGGGCGGUGCGGAGCUAGCACUACAGGUGUCCGCAGCCAUGGAUGAAACCAGCAAAAGCAGCAGGUGCUGCAGUCACCCCACCUCACCACCACCACCGCAACCUCCUCCCACUCCUCCUCCUCCCGAUGAUGGACACUGGCCCUGAAGUGAGGAUGAGCUCAGAGGGAAGAACAUAGCUUCAGGUCUGCUGUGUCCUCGCACACACACUACCACCACCACCACCUCCCUCACCCACCAGUCAGUUGUUGCAGAACUUUUUGGAUCCAUCUAAAUACUGUGAUGUAUAGAUGCCUUAAUGUUUUAUUGCAUGACACUCUAGACUCUUAGCAGUACUAUUUUUCCAUGUUGGAGGAAGAUGUAAAAUCUACAUUUAAACACACACACACUCACACACAGAUCCAAGGGGGGCUGCGGUUUGAAACCUGCCUAGCGGACAGCUCAGAGACUCUGCAAUCUCUUGAAAAGAGCCCCGCCCCCAACGCCCUCUUCAUGGAGCGACUCACUGUGUACACCAUAGGAACAAAAACUUGUGAAUUCAGAGUGUUUCUUCUUCCAUUUGAUUUCAGUUUACUGUGAUACGACUCUUUGUUUUGGUUUAUUUUUUAAGUGUUGUUUAUUCUUUACUGCUACUUACUUCAAGAAUUAACACUUAAGAGUUAAGAACUCUCAAUGCAGUUUUAAAAAAACACUAAACGCUAGGCUUGAGAUUGGACCCCUCCUAAAAUAAUAAAGUAAAAUAAAAAAAAUCUAAUCCUUAAAAAAAAAGAAGAAGAAGAAGCGUAACGAGAAAGAAGAAAAAAAAAGAUUGCAACAGUGGCAAGUGCAAUUGAAUUUUUUUGAAGGGAAGCUAUCAGUCUGACAGCCCUGAGACUCUAAAGGAAGGGGGAUAAUUGUUAAAUGUUUAAUGAGACAUUUAAAUUAGAUUUUUCAGUCACUUAUCCAUCUAUUUGCAUGAGAAAAGGCAGUUGAAGGCAAGCAUAAAACUACCUGUGCAGCUUAAAACCAGCACUUAAUACGAGCUCGUCCCAUCAUGAUGGGGAGGCUGUUUUAUUUCCUUUUUUUGUUUUUUGUUUUUUAAAUACUUUUUAAAUGUUUGUGUGGGAACUAACAUCCGAAAAUAAGUCAAGAAUUGACACACACACACAGUGCUAAUCAUGAUGGCAUUGAAUGCGUUUGGCCAUCAGCUUAUAAAGCUAAAAAAACUGACUAACUGGGAUUUAAUCGCUUAAUCUUCAUGCAAAUGUACUGUAAUCUUAGACAGCUGGUGUUUGGCUAACUCUAGGCCCACCUUUCUACUGGAUGCAAAAGCAUUGCGUAACAUCUGCAAAGUGUAGUGCGCAGCAAUUACCUGCUGCUAAAGUCGACGGGUGCAUUUCCACCGUCUGCAAAGUGUGGCGUUUUCCAGAAGCAGAUGCUAAAUUCACGCUUGGAGUCCACUUUUUACGAGCUACACCUCCAGAACGCGCUGAGCUCAGCAGUUCGGAUCAGGUUAGACAGGAAGUCAACUGUGAGUGCAGGGUGACAAAUUUGGAAACUUUCUAAAUAAAGGUCACUUUAAGAUUUCCAUUAACAAAAAAAAAAAAGUA